AUGGACAACCAACCCGUCGCCGAUAACCUGCGCAAGUCUCUGUUCCUCUGGACAGAAUUUGCGCGCAGGUGCCUUAACGAGAGACUGCCAAUCGACAAAUUUCAGACCUUUGCCAGGCUCUUGUACCAGCAACACCAUCUGCCGCCCGCAGCGAUCGCCGACCUCUUCCUGCGACCGCAUCCAAACGAUUGCUACAGCGUUGAUCCCCGAAUACCACCAUAUCUUCAGAAGCUCAGCGACCUGGGCUGUAUCGAUACCCCAGCCAUACUCAAGACGCUUUACAAAUACUCGUCCGCACACCUGCUGCUUGAAGAACAGUCGGCCGGUUCGGGGCCGCUGGCCAAAGACACCAAAACUCCGAAUGGCAACGAGGCAGACGCGGAGGGCAAGCCGCUGCGAUGGAAAAGCUCGUACUGGGUAGAAGAGGUCUUGUUCUUUAGGAUUGUCAAGUCUCUUCACGAUGGCGAGGCGGUCAGGAACACGACGACAGCGUACGCGGUGCUCCAGGUCGUGUCGCAAUGGAUAGCGCUGUUUGUCGCCACGGCCUCAACGGCACCGUUGGAUGUCAUGUCACAACCAUCCAGCUUGCGCAUGGAAUUGGGGUCGGCCAAGGCGGCGUUUGUGCCGCUGCUUUUGCGCCUGACCGACAAUGAGGCUGUCCUGAGGAUCGUCAGCAGGCCUAUUGCUCGAGAACUUUGCAGGGAACUCUCCGCCAAUCUUGCUGAUUUCUUGCCGCAGCUGGCGAACGCGGGAACGUCCAGGCCGAUGCUGGACAAGCUCGGAUAUUUUCGCAAUAAUGUCCUUGCUAGCUCCGAGCCCGUGGACAAGAAGAAGCAGGCCGCCGAUGCCGCCAUGAACGACAUGCUCGACUCAGCGGCUGGACCGGAUAGCUUUGAGGUCCGCCAGGUGCCCAUCAUCUCGACCCGGACAGGCAUGUACAUACAUCUAAAUGCUUGCCUUGCUGGCCGACCUUUGAUCAACGACAACGUCUUCAUCAGCUUCCUCAACAAUAGAUACGCUGGCGACAACCAGCAUGCUGCCAUGGACCUCAUAUUGGCCUCAUUUGACAUUCUCGCCACCGCAGUCUUUAGGAGCAGCGCACGGGAGGAUGCUCCCCUGCUUCGCUCAUUUCUCAUCAACAAAGUCCCGUCACUUCUCUUCCAGCUCCUCCCACCGGGCUUCUCGCCUCAGCCAGCCGAGACGUGUAUUACGAAUGCGCUCAAUCAGGUUGACACCGGUCUUUUCCCGACAGCAUCCGCCAUGUUCAACGAGGACCAAAUCAGCAACCCCUAUACCUCUAGCGUGAGAGAGGAAUUUUGUGGAGCUUGUGUGCUCCACGGCCUCAUCAACCGGGAGCGGCUUGAAGCGGUGCUGGGCGAGAUGCCCAUGUCUAGCCAGCCCGAAAAGAAGAUCCGCGAUAAGCUCGUGCAGGACUAUCUGUCGCACAACCUCAAGCCGCAGGAUUUGCUCGCAGACUUAGACAGGGACAGUGGCAAUGUCGGCACUGUCUGUCAUGCUAUCGCCGAAAUUAUUCGAAGACAAUGCCACGAGAAGGAUACCAUGUCCCUCAAGCUUCUCUGCAUCGAGCUUAUCACUGGCGGUAUGAGGAAGAUCAAGCCGAGUAUCAGCCUGUGUACGAAGAAUCUCGGACUGUACUCUCAGGGGUCGGCUGUUCGAAAGAUUAUCACGCAGUCUCACGUUGGUCGACCCGACGCUCAGCUCUCCGCACGAGAAAAGGAGCACGUCAAUGGCUGGUUACUGGGUCUAUUUGACACGGAAGCUGGUGGUCUCGGUGAUGAUCUCAUGUCCUCAUGCCCUCCACAGGAUUUCUACUGCUUGGCGGCAUCUCUGUUUCGAAGCAUUGUCAUCGGAUACGCCCACGGCUACAUUACGGAUGAGGCACUCAAAAGCGGUGUAGAAUAUCUGGUCGACACGUUCCUGCUGCCGGCACUCGUGCCAGCCAUACGGUUCCUGACCGAGUACCUGUGGACAGAAUCAGAGAUUGAACAAAAGGCCGUCAUCAAGAUUCUUCAGCUGCUCUUAUUGCCAAGCGCCAUCUCGAGCGAGGCUAAUUCCCUGCUGGCGUCUGUGAAGAAGAUCAUAGCGAAGCCGCUUCACAAUGCGCUACAGACCUAUCUCCACAGGCGCGACCCCAGUAACCAAGAUGUCCAGCCACUUCUGAACAUGCUGAAGGAGAGCGUGCCCAAAUGCCGCCGGCUUGGGGGGGCAGACAUGAGCGAGAUCACGGACUGGUGCCGAACCGAGCCACAUGGGCUUUGGAGCACCCUGAAGACAACGACGCACAAUCUCAUGCAGUGGACUGCCAACCCGGGGUUGAAUAUGCCCACCUCAUACUCACACCGGCAGUUUAUCACGGCGGCGAGGUUGAUGGGGCCUGAGCAGGUCCUCCGGCUGAUCGUUGAGGAGCUACGGCAGCAGAUCCGGGGGCUCUACGAAGCCAACGGCCAGGAACUUGCUCAACAACCUGAACUGCCGAGUCUUGUUCACGAUGUUGCAGCAGCUCUCAUCUGCGCACCCGAUGUUACGAAGGAGCCGCCGGCGGCCUGCACAGAGAACCCUCCAGCCUCUCAACAGCUGCCUGUCCAGCGGCUGCAUACGCUCCGUGAAGUUUUGAGAUUGGAGGCUGAGAAGUGCCAUGAGAUCCAAAAGACAGAUCCCAUGCUCGCAGACAUUGUUGUCCGCCUGUACCGCAGAGUGGAGGGACUCAUGGCCCUUCCGCAGGUCCCCACAGAUCUUCUACCACCGUCCAACCUGAAUGACAUGGCUGCUGGCAUGGAUAUGAUGAACACAGAUCUGAACAACAUGUCCGCAGACAUGGACAUGGGGUCGACUGUGAUGGACGACAUUGGUCUUAAUGGAGGAGGAGAUGUGACCAUGGACACAGGCAUGGAAUCGCUGGCGGGCAACAACGGUCACCACGACAACAAUGUCAACGGCAACGACAACGGGGAUAUGAUGUUGGAUGGCUUGUCUACAAUGGGCGGGCUCGAAGGCCCUCCGGGGGUGGAGGGUGACGCCAACCUAUUCGACGGGCUGGACGACACCAACCUCGACCUUGAUACACUUGAGUGGCCCGAUGCCAUGAACAUGUCGUGA